AUGGCGAAACGAAACACCAGUUUCGAUGAUGGGUUCACGGCAAUAUUCAACAGGGAGAUAGGCUUCUCUCCUCCCAGGUCAAUCUCUCGUCGAAUCUACGCUUCACAGGGGCAAGUGAAGAAGCUCGAUCUUUAUGGGAAGUUAAUUGGGCAUGAAGGAUGCGUUAAUGCGCUGGAUUUCAAUUCUACCGGAGAUAUUCUUGUUUCGGGUUCUGAUGAUCGACAAAUCAUACUCUGGAACUCGUUGAAUAGAAGCAAGACAUUGUCGUAUCCUUCAGGCCACUGUGAAAAUGUGUUCCAGACGAAGUUCAUACCGUUCACAGAUGAUCGAACAAUCAUAACAUCUGGUGCUGAUGGACAAGUAAGGCUUGGUCAGAUCCUAGAAAAUGGUAAAGUGGAGACAAAAAGACUAGGGAGACACCACGGUAAAGUGUACAAGCUUGCUGUUUUGCCUGGAGAUCCCAACAUAUUCUACAGCUGCGGCGAAGAUGGUUUUGUUCAACAUUUUGAUAUACGAACCAACAGUGCCACAAUGGUUUUGUAUUCCUCUCCGUUCACACAAGGCUGCAGGAGACAUCACUCAAGCAGUAGAAUCAGACUGAAUUCUAUAGCCAUAGAUCCGAGGAAUCCACAUUAUCUAGCGGUUGGGGGUUCAGAUGAAUACGCAAGAGUCUACGACACUAGAAGAGGACAAUUAGCUCCAGUGUGUCGCCACAUCUUACCAAAUGCUCCUGUGAACACUUUCUGUCCCAGUCAUCUCCGGGAAAGCAACAGUGUUCACGUCACGGGAUUGGCAUAUUCCAAAGCCAGCGAACUACUAGUCUCUUACAACGACGAGCUCAUCUAUCUGUUUGAGAAGAACAUGGGUUUUGGUUCGUCUCCUGUUGGUAUCUCUGCUGAGAAACUACAAGGAAUGGAAGAGCCACAGGUGUAUACAGGUCACCGCAACGCACAAACGGUUAAAGGAGUGAACUUUUUCGGUCCAGAUGAUGAAUAUGUAACGAGUGGUUCAGAUUGUGGUCACAUCUUUAUAUGGAAGAAGAAAGGAGGUCAGCUUGUUCGAGCAAUGUUGGGUGAUAGUAGAGUGGUGAAUCAGCUCGAGUCUCACCCACACAUACCGUUUCUUGCGUCUUGUGGGAUUGAGAAGAGCGUUAAGCUCUGGACGCCAAUGUCAAAGGAUGUUCUUUCUCUGCCUGAGAACAUUGAAAAGGUGAUGGAAUCGAACCGGCUAGGAAGAGAAGACCAUUCGAGAGUGACAUUGACCCCUGAUGUAAUCAUGCAUGUUCUUCGGCUACAGAGACGUCAGACAUCGGCUUUUACAGAGAGAAGAUACGUUUUUACCGACAUUGACGUUGACGAAGGUGAUGAAGAUGCUCGUUUUAUAUCAGGGUUAGUCGCCAGCGAUGAUGAGUCUUCAGAAAGAGAAUGCACUGUGAGCUGAGUCCUAGUGUUGUUAUAUAGAUUACAGGCCCCUUCAUGUGUUUUAAAACACUUGUGGGUUUUGUUUGUGUGUUGUAAUAACUUUUAAUAAUGUGAAAACAAGAAUGGAAAAAUCAUCGGCUAUAAACAAAACAUGUGCA